GGACCUCCGUUAUGAUCAAGGGGACAUGAUUCUACAUUCAGCUCCCGUGGCACAAUGUCCAGCAUGAUUUAUCUGAGUGCCAGUUUGUAUUUGCUUGUUUUACUGUUCGAGGCUGUCGUGUUGUCCAAGGGCAAGUAUGAGAGGUCGGCGGUGCCAAGCUCUGCCUCCCGCCUGGUGGCCAGGAUGGACGGGGAUAUUAUAAUCGGCGCCCUCUUCUCUGUCCACCACCAACCGUCGGCUGAGAGGGUGGCAGAUAGGAAAUGUGGGGAGGUCCGCGAGCAGUACGGUAUCCAAAGAGUGGAGGCCAUGUUCCACGCCUUGGAUCGGAUUAACUCGGACCCGAACCUGUUGCCCAACAUCACCCUGGGCUGUGAGAUCAGGGACUCCUGCUGGCACUCCUCCGUGGCCCUGGAGCAGAGCAUCGAGUUCAUACGAGACUCGCUCAUCUCCAUCCGGGACGUCAAGGAUGGCUCCAAGUGGUGCAUCGAGGGGGUGCCGUCCAGUCAGCCGCCAUCAACUAAGAAGCCCAUAGCAGGGGUCAUCGGGCCCGGCUCCAGCUCUGUGGCGAUUCAAGUCCAAAACCUCCUGCAGCUGUUCAACAUCCCGCAGAUCGCCUAUUCUGCCACUAGCAUCGAUCUCAGCGACAAGACUCUGUUUAAGUACUUUCUCAGGGUAGUUCCUUCCGACACGCUUCAAGCCAGGGCCCUGCUGGACAUUAUCAAACGAUACAACUGGACCUACGUGUCUGCAGUGCACACAGAGGGUAACUACGGGGAGAGUGGGAUGGAAGUGUUCAAAGAGCUCGCCUCGCAGGACGGCAUCUGCAUCGCCCAUUCUGACAAGAUCUACAGCAACGCUGGCGAGAAGCACUUCGACAGGCUGCUGAGGAAACUGCGGGAGCGUCUGCCAAAGGCCCGAGUGGUUGUCUGCUUCUGUGAAGGCAUGACAGUCCGAGGCCUGCUCAUGGCCAUGAGACGGCUCGGAGUAGCCGGAGAGUUCCUCCUAAUUGGAAGUGACGGCUGGGCCGACCGCAUCGAGGUGGUGGAGGGCUACGAGCAGGAGGCGGUGGGCGGCAUCACCGUGAAGCUGCAGUCGGACGAGGUCUCCUCCUUCGACGACUACUUCCUGCGGCUCCGGCUCAGCACCAACACCCGCAACCCCUGGUUCCCCGAGUUCUGGCAGUACCGCUUCCAGUGCCGCCUCCCCGGACACCCGCAGGAGAACAUGAAUUAUGCACGCAACUGCUCAGGUUACGAAAGUCUGGAGGACAACUACGUUCAGGACAGCAAGAUGGGCUUUGUCAUCAACGCCAUCUACGCCAUGGCCCACGGGCUGCAUGACAUGCACACUCACCUGUGCUACGGCCACGUGGGGCUGUGCGAUAACAUGAAGCCCGUCGAUGGCAGCCACCUGCUGGACUUUCUGCUCAAGACUUCCUUCACUGGUGUCUCUGGGGAGGACAUAUGGUUCGACGAGAACGGGGACUCACCUGGGAGGUAUGAGAUUAUGAACUUCCAGCGCGUGGAGUCCGGUGUUUACGACUACAUAAACACUGGCUCCUGGCACGAGGGCGUUCUCAGUCUUGAUGAUGAAAUGCUCCACAUGAACCUCAGCGACAUAGUCCGCUCCGUCUGCAGUGAGCCCUGCUCCAAAGGAGAGAUCAAGGUGAUCAGGAAGGGAGAGGUGAGCUGCUGCUGGAUUUGCACGGCCUGCAAAGACAAUGAGAUCGUCCAGGACGAGUUCACGUGCAAGGCCUGUGAGCUGGGCUGGUGGCCUGACCCAGAACUGGAAGGCUGUGAACCAAUCCCCCUGCACUACCUGGAGUGGAGCAAUCCAGAGUCCAUCAUCCAGGUGGUCCUCUCCUGCCUGGGCAUCCUGGUCACGUCGUUUGUUGCCUUUAUCUUUGUCUUGUACCGCGACACGCCCGUGGUCAAGUCCUCCAGCCGGGAGCUCUGCUACAUCAUCCUAGCAGGCAUCUUCCUGGGCUACCUGUGUCCGUUCACCCUCAUCGCCCGCCCCACCGUGGCCUCCUGCUACCUCCAGCGGCUUCUGGUGGGACUCUCCGCCGCCAUGUGCUACUCUGCCCUGGUGACCAAAACCAACCGCAUCGCCCGCAUCCUGGCAGGCAGCAAGAAGAAGAUCUGCACCAGGAAGCCCAGGUUCAUGAGCGCUUGGGCUCAGGUGGUUAUCGCCUCUAUCCUGAUCAGUGUCCAGCUCACCUUGGAGGUCACCCUCAUCGUCAUGGAGCCGCCGGAACCAGUCAAAUCCUACCCAAGCAUCAGAGAAGUCUUCCUCAUCUGCAACACCAGCAACUUCGUGGUCGUCGCUCCUCUGGGCUACAAUGGCCUGCUCAUCUUGAGCUGCACCUAUUACGCCUUCAAGACUCGCAACGUUCCUGCAAAUUUCAACGAAGCCAAAUACAUUGCCUUCACCAUGUACACCACAUGCAUAAUCUGGCUGGCGUUUGUGCCGAUCUACUUCGGGAGCAAUUACAAGAUCAUCACAACCUCCUUCUCCGUGAGCCUCAGCGUGACUGUAGCUUUGGGCUGUAUGUUCUCACCAAAGAUGUACAUCAUCAUUGCCAAACCAGAGCGAAACGUGCGCAGCGCAUUCACCACCUCUGACGCCGUGCGCAUGCACGUUGGCGACGGCAAGAUUGUCUGCCGGAGCAACAGCCUGCUCAACAUGUUCAAGAGGAAGAAGAACCCUGGGAACGGCAGUUCUAAUGGAAAGUCUGUGUCAUGGUCUGAACCAGGUGCAAGACAUCCUCCAAAAGGGGAUCACAUGUGGCACAGACUGUCAGUGCAUGUGAAGAGACAGGACGCAGGUUCCAAUCAGAUGGCUGUCAUCAAACCCUUAACUAACACAUACCAAAACACAGCACUGGAUUUCUCCAACCUCAGCACUAAGACUCUCUACAAUGUGGCUGAGGAGGAGGAGAGUGACCUGAUUGGAUAUAACCCCCCCAUCACUCCCCCCAUGAUGGCCCACGGGCAGAUACCUGCUUGUGGGCUGAUAAAAGACGUGGGUGGGGAGGUGGGGGUCUAUACCCAUGAGCAUCUGCAGAAAAACAAGAUUUUCCCCCAACAUGUCAUCAUGGCCCACCCGCAGGAGGAAAUGGUGGUGAGCAGAUUCACCACUGACGUCCCGGAGCUCAACGAUUUGAUAAGCAUGCCUGAGGCGGUGAGCGGCGGCAUGCCUGUGUACCACCAGGCCCACCUCAUCCAGCGGGAGCCCGUCCUGCCCCUGCACCUGGACCCCUUCGAUGAGGAACCCGACUCCCCUCUGGAGGAGGACGGGACGGAGAACGAGCACUUUGGCCUUCUCCACGGCUACAUGUACAACAACGCACACAUUCACGACGAGGAGGACCUGGUGGAGAUCAAAUUAGCGAUGGAGGAUUCUCUUGCUCUGAUGCCUCCCUCCCCAUUCCGAGAUUGCCUCGCUCCCCCGAUGAGCCCCUUCCCAAAUUCGCCGGUAUCCGAGUCAAUUUUGAGCGACCCCCCGAACGUGACGUACGCCUCUGUCAUUCUGAAAGACUUCAAGCAGAGCUCGUCCACUCUGUAA